GCUGUCAUCACAUAUAGAAGAUCGGAGAAGACUCGACAUGGAACUCAUCCCAGGCUUCUGCAUCUGCGUCCUUCUAUCUCUUACAUUAGCUCCGGCCUCUGCAACAGAACUGACCAGUAAUGCCACAGGAUGGGUCUGGGAAGGUGGAGCGGUGUCUCUGUACUGUUCAACCCAACUUACCAAUGCCUCAUUUAUCUGGCACGUGGAUGGAGAUUUAUUACCCGGAGGUGAUCAAUACCAUAUUUUCGUUGACCCCUUGGGACCAAAUUCUACUCUGACCAUCAGCCCUGUCUUCAGAAAUAACACUGGAUCCUAUACCUGUUUUGCCUAUAAUUCAACAUUGAACGAGACCAGCAAUGCCCUGAACUUGAGCGUGGCCACUCCGGCCUCUCCAACAGAACUGACCAGUAAUGUCACAGGAUGGGUCUGGGAAGGUGGAGCGGUGUCUCUGUACUGUUCAACCCAACUUACCAAUGCCUCAUUUAUCUGGCACGUGGAUGGAGAUUUAUUACCCGGAGGUGAUCAAUACCAUAUUUUCGUUGACCCCUUGGGACCAAAUUCUACUCUGACCAUCAGCCCUGUCUUCAGAAAUAACACUGGAUCCUAUACCUGUUUUGCCUAUAAUUCAACAUUGAACGAGACCAGCAAUGCCCUGAACUUGAGCGUGGCCAAACCCCCUAGUAAUCCAAGUAUUUAUUGUAGGUCAGAUGGUUACACGGAGCAAGUGUUAUUAGGCUGCUUCUGGGCAGGAGGGCAACCUUCAGCUGACGUUAAACUGUCAUUUAAUGGCACAGUCAAAGAGGGAAAGGAUGAAGUCACCUGGACUGUGUCUCUGGAUUAUGAGGUCCGACAACCAGAGCUCGUCUGUCAAGGAGAUCAAUUGGGGAAGACAUCGGAGUGCAAGAUCGUUUUUGAACGUCCACUGUCUUCAAGUCACAACAACAAUGCAGUAACUUCAGUGACGGAAGGAGAAAAUCCAAAACUGAUAGUGACCUUGAACACUCCAAACUCCCUCAAUCCUACCUUCAGCUGGUUCCAUCUUAAUCCAGACCCUGUAGCUAUCACAAGUGGUGGAAAAUUUAAAGUAGAAUCCGGUGACUCUCAGUCGUCACUUCUCAUCUCCAAUGUGGCUCAGAGUGAGAACGGGACCUACGAAUGCCGAGCCAGGAAUAUCAUUGGAAGUACGACCUUCAAACUCAAUCUCGAAGUCAAAUCACAAGAGUCCUCGGGUUCAAGCAGGCUGAGCAGAGGAGCGAUAGCCGGCAUUGUGAUUGGUGUAGUAGCUGGAGUGGCCCUUAUCGUGGUCGUUGGGUACUUUCUUGUAAAGAAAGUGUUCUAAUAGAUCAGCACCGACCACCAUCGUUGGUCCAAACACAGAAAUCUAUGCGAUAUGUUACAAGGGAUCCUUGGAGAACCGGACACGAAACUGAUCUCUGGUUGUCUUUCUCAAACUAUAAUGCAAAUUACCAGUUUUAUGUAAUGGUAGCA